CAACACUGCAAGUCCUUUUAAUUCCAAGCCAUGAAUGAAUCCAGGUGGACUGAAUGGAAGAUUCUGAACAUGAGCAGUGACAUUGUGAAUGUGUCUGAGCAUCACUCUUGCCCACUUGGAUUUGGUCAUUACAGUGCAGUGGAUGUCUGCAUCCUUGAGACAGUUGUUAUUGUCUUGCUGACCUUUCUAAUCAUUGCUGGGAAUUUAACCGUUAUCUUUGUCUUUCAUUGUGCUCCACUCUUACAUCAUUAUACUACCAGCUAUUUUAUACAGACAAUGGCAUAUGCUGAUCUCUUCGUUGGAGUUAGCUGCUUGGUUCCUACUCUGUCACUUCUUCACUACUCCACAGGUGUCCACGAGUCACUGACUUGCCAGGUUUUUGGAUAUAUUAUCUCUGUUCUAAAAAGUGUUUCUAUGGCCUGUCUUGCUUGCAUCAGUGUGGAUCGCUAUCUUGCAAUCACCAAGCCUCUUUCCUACAAUCAACUGGUCACCCCUUGUCGCCUGAGAAUUUGCAUUAUUUUGAUCUGGAUCUAUUCCUGCCUAAUUUUUUUGCCUUCAUUUUUUGGCUGGGGGAAACCUGGUUACCAUGGUGACAUUUUUGAAUGGUGUGCCACCUCUUGGCUCACGAAUGCCUAUUUUACUGGGUUUAUUGUUUGUUUACUUUAUGCUCCUGCUGCUUUUGUUGUCUGCUUCACUUACUUUCACAUUUUCAGAAUUUGCCGGCAGCACACCAAAGAGAUAAAUGACCGAAGGGCCCGAUUCCCCAGUCAUGAAGUAGAUACUUCCAGAGACACAGGACACAGCCCUGACCGACGCUAUGCCAUGGUUUUAUUUAGAAUAACCAGUGUAUUUUAUAUGCUGUGGCUCCCCUAUAUUAUUUACUUUCUUCUAGAAAGCUCCAGAGUCUUGGACAAUCCAACACUGUCCUUUUUAACAACCUGGCUGGCUAUAAGUAAUAGCUUUUGUAACUGUGUGAUAUACAGCCUCUCCAACAGUGUUUUCCGGCUAGGCCUCCGAAGACUUUCUGAGACAAUGUGCACGUCUUGUAUAUGUGUGAAAGAUCAGGAAGCCCGAGACCCCAAACCUAAGAAACGGGCAAAUUCCUGCUCCAUUUGAAGAGACUUAGGCAGUAAAUCAAAUGUAAUCUGACAGUAGGUUUGGAUUAUAUUCUUGAUUCAUCUGGAAGGUUGCUACCAGAGAAAUAUUUACUUGAAUAGUUCACAAUGAAAUGAAGGAUGACAGUAAAGAUUC